AUGAGUAGCCACUGUCUGUAACAGCAGCAAACGUGAGAAGGACUCUGCAGCAAGCCAACCCCCGUCAGGUGGCCAAACCAUGGCAAGUUGCAGCCACAGCUCUCAGGCAACCAGGAUAACCUUGAGCUACAAGGCCGGUUGAAAACUCAGUGGAGCCUGGCCUGAGCUACAGUCCUGUGCUAGACUCACUGCCUGUUGCCUGUAGAGACACCAGCCCAGCUGUGAAAUUGGAGCCAUUUGGAGCAGCGCUACUUGCUGAGACUCGUGACUUUGACUGAGAAGCAUCAGUGAGCCACCUUGGGAGAUUGAGUUCCAUCAGUGCAGAUACCUUUCCAUUGCUCACCUGUCCUAGAAUGAACCGCGGACAAAGCUGGGAUGAAGAUGUGGAAUCCGAAGGAAAUCUUGAAUUAUCAGCUUCUAAUACAGGUCCAAAAGGAGUGAUCAAUGACUGGAGGAAAUUUAAACUAGAAAGCGAGGACCAUGAAAUUUCUUCAGAUAAAAAGCAACUCCUUAGACAACUGUCAUCACCAUACCACUCUUUUAGUAAGGAGGACAAGGAUACUCGAAAGAAAUUCACUCGAAAGAUGAGUGUACAAGAAUAUGAAAUGAUUCAAGAUGAGGAAGAUGAAGCUUGCCUUCGUAGGUACCGCAAGCAAUGCAUGCAAGAGAUGCACCAGCAGCUAAGCUUUGGCCCCCAGUUUGGAAUGCUUUAUGAGCUUGAAAGUGGGGAGCAAUUCUUGGAAGUGAUUGAAAAGGAAUUGAAAAAAACUACAGUGAUGGUGAAUGUUUACGAGGACAGAGUGAAGGGAUGCGAGUCUUUGAUUAACUGUUUAACAUGCCUUGCUUUGGAAUAUCCUUUGGUUAAGUUCUGUAAAAUAAAGGCCUCUAACACUGGAACUAGUAACCGCUUCUCUGAUAAUAUUCUACCAGCACUAUUGGUGUACAAGGCAGGAGAACUAAUUGGCAACUUCCUUCACAUUACCGAGCAGCUGGGUGAAGAAUUUUUUGCGGUGGAUGUUGAAACUUUCCUCAAUGAAUAUGGCCUUUUGCCAGAAAGAGAAUUCACUGCUUGUGAAAAUGCUAGUGAUGGCAGUGAUGUAGAUAUUGAAUGAAUGUUAAUACAGUGGAGCCCAUCUCACAUCAGUCCCAGGUACAUAAAAGCUUAAAAACUAUGCACAUUUUGAUGCAUACUUGCAAUAAUAUUCCAAUGCCUCUGUAAUUCACUGAUUUCUAUAUGUGGAUUUACUAGUAUAUAUACAAACACAUUAGAAGGAACAGAUCAUAGUUACUUGAUUUACUGUUGUGCAGUAUUAUCUGAGCUUCUGCAUACACAUUCCCCCAGGAGCUUGAUUUUCCUGUACUACACAGAUAGGGCAGCAUGGUAAUGUAAUGGUUGGCACAACACUUUACAUUAUCAGUGACCUUGGUUCAAUUCCUGCCGCUUUCUGUGAGGAGUUUGUACAUUCUCCCCAUGACUAUGUUGGUUUCCUCUGGGUGCUCGAGCUUUCUCCCACAGUCUAAAGAUGCACUGUUCACAGGUUAAUCGAUUUAUUGUAAAUUGUCCCAUUAUUAGGCUAGGAUUAAAUUGAGGAUUGCUGAGUAGCUCGAAGGCCUGGAAAGGCCUAUUCUAGCUUGAUAAUUAAAUAAAUAAAUCCCUAGCUUUUUAUAGUUAAUGACAACAUCCUACAUCUACCUUGGGUAGAAAAGUCUGAAGAUUCACAACUCUGGAAGAAGAUAAUUAUCUCAAUUUCAUCAGUCUUUUAUUUUUAGAUUAUGUCUACAUGCACUCUUGGCUUUUCCUUUACCUUUCUUCGCUCUCUUAAAUAAAAAGAAAAUUAAUUAUUAUGCAUUGCACAUUAACUGCUACAAUACUGUUAUUCCAUGAUCUAGAGUAAACUCCAUUAAGUCUGCUCUGCCACUAAGUAUGAUCAGACAAAUACCUCUUUCAACACUCUCUCUCUGUGUACCCUUUCUUGUGAAAGCCUAAAUUAUAAAACUUUGGUUAUCAAAACAAAAUCUUCAAAAUUGAGUGCAGAGCUCGAUCUAUGAUUUGACCAUUAAGUUGUUACAAUAGCUUGUUCAUUACUUCCUUGUUUCCAUUUCAGAUACACUGUGGAGUUCUGAUGGGAAAAAACUCUAGUGAACCACAAUGGAAAAUUUUCAUGGCACUUUGUUAUUUCAGACUACAACACUGUCAUGAAAGCUUCAGGAAACCAUGAAUGAGUGAGGGUAGAAAUUUGUCUUUGACAAUUGCAUAACAUUAUUAUUCUCAGCUACAGAACCUGACAUUUAAUUCCACCGACUCCAAUAGAAUUAAAUAAUUAGAGGUUGCUAUAUUGAGUCGUAAAUCCCUUAUCCACCAACUUACACCACUGCCUAAAGUACAUUUCUAGCCCUUGGUCUCAUCAAUGAAAAUUUGAAUUUGAUAAUAG